CAGCACCUUGAGCACAGAUCCAAUCCCGGACCGAGUCUUCCGCCUGCUGCCGCUGCUCAGAUUCUACUCCCAUCAGUCGCAGCCGCCGAGGAAAUGCCCAGAUACGAGCUGUCUCUGAUUCUUAAGGCCAUGCAGAGGGGCUCCUAACCAUAGGCCUCACUACAUGGUUAAAAGCCGUUGGCCUUGGACAGUGUCGAUUUAAAAAAUAUAUAUAUAUAUUACUAUAUAUAUUGUAUUUAUAAAGUGCAUGCUAAGCACUGGGAUAUAGCCGGGACUGACAUCAAGAGAGCAAACCAAAGGACAAAGCCCUUUAAAACGUCUUUACGCUGUAUUAAAGUGAGACUGGUGGUUUUUAGAAGGAUUUUUUUUUUUUAAAAACGUGGGCAAGUACGGCAUCCGGUAACCAUGAGAGCUUUAUUGGAAGCGGCGGACAUUGCCAUAGUGGCGUUGUAUUUUGUGCUGGUGUUAUGCUUGGGAUUUUUUGCCAUGUGGAAGUCCAACCGAAGUACUGUAAGUGGAUAUUUCCUAGCCGGUCGCUCUAUGACCUGGGCAGCUGUUGGCGCCUCGCUGUUUGUGAGCAAUAUUGGUAGCGAACACUUUAUUGGACUCUCGGGGUCAGGAGCAGCAAGCGGAUUUGCAGUGGGCGCAUGGGAACUGAAUGCAUUGUUGCUUUUGCAACUCCUCGGAUGGGUCUUCAUUCCAGUUUAUAUUCGCUCUGGAGUAUACACUAUGCCUGAAUAUUUAUCCAGACGAUAUGGAGGACACAGGAUCCAGGUGUACUUCGCCAUAUUAUCUUUGAUUUUGUACAUCUUUACCAAACUCUCUGUUGACUUGUAUUCAGGGGCGUUGUUUAUCCAAGAAUCCCUGGGAUGGAACCUUUACCUGUCCAUCAUCUUGCUCAUCGGAAUGACGGCAGUCCUUACUGUCACGGGUGGACUUGUGGCGGUAAUAUACACGGACACUCUCCAAGCUUUGCUCAUGAUCGCCGGAGCCCUCACUCUGAGCAUCAUCAGCUUCGUCAAAGUCGGUGGAUUUGAAGAGGUUAAAAGAAGAUACAUGUUGGCGACACCAAAUGUCACAUCCAUUCUGCUCACCCAUAAUUUCACCAGCUCGUACGUUUGCCACGUCGCACCCAAGCCAGAUGCCCUCAGGAUGUUACGAGAGGCCUCCGAUGAGGAUAUUCCUUGGCCUGGAUUUAUGCUCGGUCAGACGCCUGCCUCUGUCUGGUAUUGGUGCGCCGACCAAGUAAUAGUACAGAGGGUUUUAGCUGCAAAGAACAUCGCGCACGCUAAGGGAGCAACUCUCAUGGCGGGGUUUCUAAAGAUUUUGCCAAUGUUCAUUAUAGUCAUUCCGGGCAUGAUUUCAAGAAUACUUUUUGCUGACGACAUCGCUUGCAUAAACCCCGAGCACUGCAUGGAGGUCUGUGGAAGCAGAGCUGGAUGUUCUAACAUUGCUUAUCCCCGCUUGGUUAUGAAAGUUCUACCCGUAGGUUUGAGAGGACUCAUGAUGGCCGUCAUGAUCGCAGCUCUGAUGAGCGAUUUGGACUCGAUCUUUAAUAGCGCAAGCACUAUCUUUACCCUUGACAUAUACAAAUUUAUGCGAAAGACUGCAACAUCUCGCGAACUUGUGAUGGUUGGAAGGGUCUUUGUGGCUUUUAUGGUUGUCAUCAGCAUUGCUUGGGUGCCGAUCAUUAUUGAAAUGCAAGGAGGCCAAAUGUACUUGUAUAUCCAAGAGGUCGCGGACUACCUGACUCCUCCGGUCGCUGCCUUAUUUCUCCUGGGCGUAUUUUGGAAACGAUGCAACGAGCAAGGUGCAUUUUAUGGAGGCAUGGUGGGUUUUGUUUUGGGAGGCACCCGUCUAAUUCUGGCUUUCGUUUAUCGUGUCCCGGAGUGCGACCAGCCCGAUAACAGACCAAGCUUCAUUAAAAACGUCCAUUACAUGUACAUAGCCACUGGCUUGUUCUGGAUAACCACCGUCAUCGCCGUGGUCGUCAGUCUCCUAACAUCGCCUCCAACCAAAGAGCAGAUCAGGACCACCACGUUUUGGGCCCUUAAAAACAAAGCUGUCAAAGAAAAGAGCCCCAAGGAAGAUUCCUAUAUAGAACAGGAGAAAACCAUUAUGCAUUGCACUGAUGAUAACAUUAAGCAGGUACCAAACGGGAAGUCGGAUGAGCACCUCAAAAACGUCCAAAACGAGGACAUAACUCUACUGGUGACUUACAAAGACGACAAUAACCCAUUGAGCUCCCUGAGCGUCUCUGAAGCGGAGACACCGGUGGAUUGUUAUUCUAACGGACAAGCGGCUCUGAUGGGCCAAACCCCUACCGAAGAGGAUAAGGUGAACAAUAGCAAGUGUUCCAAGAUUUUCCGUUGGUUCUGCGUGUACAAAGGCGAGGCUGCCGACGCCAAAAAAUCCAUCAAAGCAGAGGAGGAAGCCGAAGCGCUCUGUUUAAAAAUGCUGGAAGAGACGCCCGUCAUGAAACUGAUUCUCAACACUGGAUUGUUUUGUGUAUGCUCCGUCGGACUGUUCAUGUUCGUUUAUUUUUCGGUGUGAUUGUAACGUCUUCUACAGUAGAAGAUUUCAUGACUAAUAUAAUGAAAGCAAAGCCUGUGACGCAAGAACAAGAUUUAGACUUUUCACUCUUGCAAGGCGUUGUUUACGUUUUUUU